GGCCGCUCCCUCCCCGCCCAGCUGCCGGCGAGCUACUGCCUUCCCCAUCUCCUCCUCCCCGGGCUCCCCCGCCCGAUCGCUGCCGCUCGGCAACCCGACCACCGGAACCGAGCCACCGGUGGCCGGUCCGGUUCGGGAGGUGCCGGGACCGGCCCCGAAAUCGGGCGAGGGAGCCGGGAUGCUGCUCUCUUCGUUGGCCCAUCUACGUUCCGCGACCGGUGGAGAGCUACACAGCCCUAAACUACAAUCAGGGAAGGAGAAGGAGCCGCUGGAGAAGCUAUACCGGGUGGGCCCGGUGCUGGGGAGCGGCGGCUUCGGCACGGUUUAUUCGGGUAUCCGCCUUUCAGACAGCACCCCGGUGGCCAUCAAACACGUGGCCCGGGAACGCAUCUCCGAGUGGGGCGAGCUGCCCAAUGGCACCCGUGUGCCGAUGGAAAUCGUGCUGCUGAACCGAGUGGGCUCCAGUUUCCGCGGCGUCAUCCACCUCCUGGACUGGUUUGAGCUGCCCGACAGCUUCGUGCUGGUGUUGGAGCGUCCGGAACCAUCUCAGGAUCUCUUCGAUUUCAUCACGGAGCGGGGCUCGCUGUCCGAGGAGCUGGCCCGGGGGCUGUUCCGGCAGGUGCUGGAGGCCGUGCGGCACUGCAACAACUGCGGCGUCCUGCACCGCGACAUCAAGGACGAGAACAUCAUCGUCGACCUCGCCACCGGUGAGCUCAAGCUCAUCGACUUCGGCUCCGGUACCUUCCUCAAGGACACAGUCUACACCGAAUUUGAUGGGACGCGAGUGUACAGCCCGCCCGAGUGGGUGCGCUACCACCGCUACCACGGCCGCUCUGCCACUGUCUGGUCCCUGGGGGUGCUGCUCUACGACAUGGUCUGCGGGGAUGUCCCCUUCGAGCAGGACGAGGACAUCAUCCGCGGUCAACUCCUGUUCCGCCGCAGGCUGUCUAUAGAAUGCCAGCAUCUCAUCAGGUGGUGUUUGUCCAUGCGCCCCUCGGACAGGCCGUCUCUAGAAGACAUUUUCAACCACUCUUGGCUGCAAGACAUUCACUUGCCCCAGCAGACAGCAGAGAUCCACCUGCACAGUUUGAUCCAGGAGGCUGGCAAGUAACAGCCCCAUGCAUCUCCUGGCCAUAAGAAGCAAAGAACACCAGACUUCUUCCUCGGGACUGUAGCACUGAGCAGGAAUCAUCAGACAGUAACACUCCCAUCUCGUCCUGGAGCUGAGCUGGAGACUGAGUCUUCCAGUAGUGGUGGCCACUGUCCAGCCAGCAGUCCUGGACUCCCAUCUUACUGACCCCGUCUCAUUUGAUGUUUUGCCAGUAAUUUUUUUU